GUGCGGAGCCUGCUGCCCUCGGAGCCUGCUGCCCUCAGCGGAGCCAUGAGUUGGACCUGCCCACGCUGCCAGCAACCUGUUUUCUUCGCAGAGAAGGUGAGCUCCCUGGGCAAGAACUGGCACCGCUUCUGCCUGAAAUGUGAGCACUGCCACAGUGUCCUGUCCCCCGGAGGGCAUGCAGAGCACAAUGGGAGGCCGUAUUGCCACAAACCAUGCUAUGGGGCUCUCUUUGGACCCAGGGGGGUGAACAUUGGUGGUGUGGGCUCCUACCUCUACAACUCCCCCAUUCCCACCCCUGCCAAUACCACUCCCCUCAGCCCCAGCAGCUUCAGCCCCCCAAGGCCCAGGACUGGCCUUCCUCAGGGCAAGAAAAGCCCUUUGCACAUGAAGACAUUCACUGGGGAGACCUCACUGUGCCCUGGCUGUGAAGAACCUGUCUAUUUUGCUGAGAAGGUGAUGUCUUUGGGAAGAAAUUGGCACCGACCCUGUCUGAGGUGCCAGCGCUGCCGGAAGACCCUGACUGCUGGGAGUCAUGCUGAGCAUGACGGCGUCCCCUACUGCCACAUCCCCUGCUACGGCUACCUGUUUGGCCCCAAAGGCGUGAACAUUGGUGAUGUGGGCUGCUACAUCUAUGACCCCGUGGAGAUAAAAUCGAAAUAAGAUGCUCACAGGAGAGGUCACCCUAACUUGGGCCUCCGGACAUCCCCUCCAUGCUCCAGUGGGAGCUACAGAAUCCUUCAGUCCCAUGGAGGUAGGGGAAGGUGGGAUUCUGGCAGCCUGGGCCUCAGCUCCAUGGUAGACCAGAAAGUCUAGACACUCUGCCAAGUCAUCCCUUUCCCAUUCCUAUCUGCUCAGGGGAAUUGGGCCACCCCAUUCUGAACGGUGGCUUCCUGGCCUUCCCAAUGUCUUUCCCCAGCACAUUAUAUAACUUCAAGGUAUUCAUAAGACUUGUCUUUAUCCUGGCUUCUCCAAUAAAAUGUUG